AAACCUUCCCCGCUUCCUCACUUCUCCUGCAAAUCACACGCUUUAUUUUUUUAUGGAAGAAGGAGAAUCUGAAUUGGAAGAAGCCUGCGAUCCUACCUCAUCUUUUCCUUGGCCGCAGAAGGUGAGGGAGCAAGUAAAUAGCCCAUAAACAAAAGCUUCUUUCAUAUACGGAGACGAGAAUAGUAGGUAAGGGUCAAUGGGGAAGGGGACAUUGACGUUUCGUGGGUCCUCCAGUCGGAAGCCUCCGAAGCCCGCAGCGCCGGCUCUGCCUUCGCCUAGUGGUGCCGCUUCCCCUUCUCCUUUGGUUCCGAGUGGGAGCAAUUCUGGUGGUGGAGGUGGGACUGCGGUGUCGGUGAAAGGGAAGAAGAAGGCAGGGGGAGCUAGGCUUUGGAUGAGUUUCGAUAGGGUUGGGAAGUCGGAGCUCGUGGAAUUGGACAAGAACACGAUAAUCAGACGCGCCGGAAUUCCUGCUAGGGAUUUGAGGAUUCUGGGUCCUCUGUUCUCUCACUCCUCUAAUAUUCUCGCUAGGGAAAAGGCCAUGGUUGUCAAUUUAGAGUUUAUAAAGGCUAUAGUCACAGCUGAAGAAGUCAUGAUACUGGAUCCUUUGUGCCAGGAGGUACUUCCAUUUGUAGAUCAAUUAAGACAGCAACUGCCUCAUAAAAAUGAAUCUAGGAUCCAUGGAGCAGGCCCUUCAGAUGUGCAAGAUAAUGAAUUGCAAGUUUCAACCCCAGGGCAAUGGUUACCUGUGCCAGAAGCUGUUGAGGGUUUGCAAUGUGAGCUUCCUUUCGAGUUUCAGGUUCUGGAGAUAGCACUAGAGGUUGUCUGUACAUUUCUGGACACUAACGUGGCGGACCUUGAGAGAGAAGCUUACCCUGUGCUUGAUGAGCUGGCCAGGAACGUUAGCACUAAGAAUCUUGAACAUGUGCGGAGUCUGAAAAGCAAUCUAACCCGCCUACUUGCACGUGUACAGAAGGUGAGGGAUGAAAUUGAACAUCUACUGGAUGACAAUGAAGACAUGGCACAUUUAUAUCUAACAAGAAAGUGGAUCCAGAAUCAGCAAUCUGAGGCUUUGUUGGGAGGUGAAGGUUCAAAUGGCAUCAGCUCUGCUUUGCCUCAUCUUCAUCGAAUUAGUUCUAACAGGAGUGGAAGUCUGGUGACAAGCAACUUUUUCGAUGACAAUGAUGUUGAGGAUUUGGAGAUGUUGCUUGAGGCUUAUUUUAUGCAGCUGGAUGGAACACGCAACAAGAUAUUAUCGGUUCGUGAGUACAUUGAUGAUACAGAAGACUACGUGAAUAUCCAGCUCGACAACCAGCGAAACGAGCUCAUUCAGCUUCAAUUGAUAUUGACCAUCGCAUCAUUUGCUAUAGCUGCUGAAACAUUGGUAGCUGGGGUGUUUGGCAUGAAUCUCCAGUGUACAUUGUACCAGGUGAAUGGCAUCUUUGAAAUUUUUGUUGGAAGUGCUACUACAGUUGCUAUACUGCUUUUCCUGCUCGUUCUAGGAUAUGCAAGAUGGAAGAAGCUGAUUGGCACUUAAAAGAUGUCCAACUAGUAUCAAUUGUAUCUGUAAUUCAAUAAUGGAGACUCACAGAUGCUAUCACUGUUUUCUUCAGUAGUGCAUGGAACAGAACAGUGUCAAACCUUUUGAUACGUGUAAAAGUCUUAUGUUCGAAUUAAAUCAAAAUGUUAUACCUUGUUAUGUAAUAAUCCAUUUAGAUACACCAAAAGAGUACAUGCUUGCAUGAGAGAGUCCCCUGUCUCACUGUGAUACAUGUCUCCUUCCAACCAAACAUGUAUCAACUCAACUUUUUUAUUAAUAUUUUAUUAAAGUUAAUUUUGGUUG